UACUUUCACUUCGAAGAAACGAUCGAAAAUAUCGCAUCGUGAUGACAUAUACCGGAGACAGGCGCCAGAAGCAUAUUAAUCAAAUCUACUGCGAACUAUCCCGCUUUGUCGGAUAAAACAAAGUAAAAUCAGAUCAUCUGGAUUUACUCUGGUUUCCUGUCGGGGGAGGAGCAGCAGCAUCUUGUAUCACAGAACCACGUCACUGUCAAACUUUUUGAAAACUUGAGACUUGUUUUUCUUCCUGGAGGAUAUCUGGGUCGGUGGGAGAGAUGCAGACGGCAUUUCGAUUAAAGUUAACCCCCGUUAAAGAGCCUCUGGGUUUUGUGAAAGUCGUGGAGUUGCUCACGGCUGUGCUUGCAUUCGGGACCUGUGGAGGAUAUACUGGCAGAAAUGUGGUUUCCAUCUUUUGUGGCGGAAGCAGCAAUGAAACCCUCAGUCCCACUUUCACCUACCCAUUCAGGUUAAACCAGGAGCUGCUGGUGGAGAACACCACUCUUUGCAACCGCACAGUUGCUGCAACUCAUCUUGUUGGAGACUCGUCGUCCUCGGUGGAGUUUUUCGUGGCUGUGGCUGUCUUAGCUUUCCUCUAUUCAAUGGUGGCUCUGCUGGUCUAUCUGGGCUACAUGCAUGUGUACCGAGACUCAGACUUCGGCCCGAUGUUUGAUUUCGUGCUGACAGCAGUCUUUGCGUUCCUGUGGCUGGUGUGCUCGUCUGCUUGGGCUCGAGGUCUGCAGACGGUGAAGGACGCCACCGGUACGGCUGGCAUUGAAUCCACUCUGGCGCUCUGUAGGGACAAUGUCAAAUGUGAAGUCACUGAUUACGCCAGCAUGCGCUCGCUCAAUAUAUCUGUGAUAUGUGGUUUCUUGAAUCUCAUCAUAUGGGCUGUGAACGCCUGGUUUGUGUAUAAGCAGACACGCUGGCACUCUCAGAAGGUCAACGCUCAACGGGGUCCAAAUCCUGCACCCAUCUAAACAAUUACCCCCCAGCAUAACGGUGCCCACCGUAGCCUUUAUGAAAAACACACAGUAACAGUUUAUGCUUUAUGCAGUUUGUCUGUAAGAACAAUAAUCAUAUGACUGCCGUCUCAAUUUGUGAAAUUUCUCUCUUCUCCUUUUCUGUUUUAUAUCUUUUGAUUUUUACUUUUAAUGGAAAUGCAAGUUUUUUGCAAAUGUACUAUUACGAGAAAUGCUACAUUUAUGAUGUAUUUUUUAUUGUCAACUCAAGUAUAAAAAUCUUGAGAACAGUUGUUUUGUCAACCUCUAUUCCUUCAAGCGUUACACAGCAUAUUUUCUGUGCAUUUUUGCUUUUAAAACUAGCAGUUUCUUAUUUCUUAUCAAAUUCCUUAUUGCGUUUAUAUUGUUAUCUAUGCCUAUUUUAUUCAGUAUUACGCUUCAGUGCAUUUUUAAUGGUGCUGGAGUUUUGUUUUGGAAGGUCUCCUCUCUUUUCUUUAGGCAAGCAUUGUUUUCCUGUCAUUUUUUGAUUAAUAAAACUGACUGUGAAGAGCAUUUGGUAGUGUUUGUGUACAUGCAGGACUUUGUGCUUCUGGGGAGAAAGUGUGAUUUCUUACUCAAAUAAAACCUGGCUUCCUUCU